CGGCGGCGGCGGGGGGGAGCGGGAGGGAGACGGCCAUAACGGACUGCGGUGGGGGCGGGAGGGCCCCUGCCGCCCCCUCCUCCCGGAGGUGGGGUGGGGAUGGCGGCGCCUUCUUCCGACGCGGACUCGCAGGCUCGUCGUGAAGGCCCCUGAGCGCCCUCCCGCCGCCGCCUCGCCUCAGGGCGGCAGAGGCCUCCCGCCCGCCGCGCUAGGCCGCGGCCGGCCGGCCGGAGGAAGGAGGAGGGGCCGGGCAAACAUGGCCAGCCCUGCCAAGUGGGAGCGUCUGAGGCCGCUGCAGCCGGACACGCUGCGUGUGAGUGAGGUACACGUCGGGCGGGGAAAGGAGCCACCAAUGAUCAACCUGAACGUGGAUGAUGAUGUACAGUUUGUGAGAAGAACUCUGAAACUCAAAAAGCCUCGAUUUGAUGCAUCCUUGGUUUAUUUGACACGAAAAUUCAUGGAUCUUGUCAAAACAGCUCCAGACGGUGUCCUUGAUUUAAAUGAAGUAGCAACAACACUUGGAGUACGAAAACGAAGAGUGUAUGACAUCACGAAUGUGUUGGAUGGAAUCCACUUAAUUCAGAAAAGAUCUAAGAAUCUUAUCCAGUGGGUAGGUUCUAAUCUUGACCAAGUUGUUGGAAAAGCACCAGAGCAGCAAAACCUUAAAGAUGAACUUUCUGACUUGUCAGCCAUGGAAGAAGCUCUGGAUGAAUUAAUCAAGGAUUGUGCUCAUCAGUUAUUUGAACUAACAGAUGACAAAGAAAAUGCAAAACUAGCUUAUGUGACAUGUCAAGAUAUCUGUAGCAUUCGGGCAUUUCAAGAACAGAUUGUGAUUGCAAUCAAAGCUCCAGAGGAAACCAAAUUGGAAAUACCAAUUCCUAAAGAAGAUUGCAUAGAAGUACAUGUGAAGAGCACAAAAGGACCCAUUGAUGUGUAUCUAUGUGAGGUGCAACAAGAGAAGCCAGGUGCCAAAACUUUUGAAGAUAUGGAUACUGUCACUUCUGAAACUGAGCCAUCACUUCCUCCUGAUGAAGUGAGAUCUCCGGGGGAAGAAAAAAAACAAACCACCUGAGGUGACAGAUUAAUUGCAAUUUUCAAAAAUCUAAUACAGAAUGUAAAUAUCUGUGUUACAGAGCUUUUCCAAAGCUGCUUGGAUCUGCAAACUUACUAACCUGAAAUACUCCAAAGUGUUUUAAAUUUAAAACAGCAGUGGGUUGGUUGAGUGCUUUCACAGGAUUGCUUAUCUUCCCAAGUCAAAAGACGACAGUUCCUAGAGUUGCUUUUAGGAGCUUUGUUUUCAUAAUUGCAUGUGAUCUACAGAGCUUUGGGAAAAUGGUAAUUUUUAGCUUAUGAAAUAAUUUUAAUUGACAGAAAACAUAGGCAAUUAAUUACUUCUAAAAAAUGAAGAUUUGAAAACUAUUUCUGGAAUAAUCCACAAUCCUUAUGAGAAUGUAUAUAAUAAAGAAAUGCACUUUUCAGUUCUGAGGCUGCACUACUACUAAGCAGGAUUGUCAGAUACAAGUGUAACAAAGAACUGGUGUGUCAGAAGCCUUCACUAUAAGGAACAAGAUGUAAAUGUCACGAGAGUUAUGCCUUAUACUGUGUAGAUGCUGUUUGCAUUGUUUGCAUCCAGCUCUGCAUGAACUAUGGUAUCAACACUGAAGUUAAAUAAUUUGAGCUUUUUGUAUAUAUCUGUAUCAUGUCUAGGUAGUUACUGAUGUAGAUUUAUUGAGAUGGUUUGCAUUUCUGCCUUUGUACAGCAAAGAAAUAAAAUAAGCUUAUAAAAAUA